AUGUGCUUCAAAUGCCAUCGCUGCAACGACCGCUAUGCACACGAGACCACCAGCUCCGACCCAAGGUGUCUCCACAAAGGCCCACCUGGCGCCUUCGAGGAUCGGCACCAGGUACAAAACCGCAAGGUGCAGACACCGCAUAAUCUCAGUCAGAAGUCAGAAGGCAUGGCCGCAGCUUCUCAAGCAGGGAGUUGGACGUACCCGACUCGCGGAGACCAAAAGAUCUCCGGUGCUCCGGGGGAGGGAACUGUUCCAGCGGAUACCAUGCAGUGCUCCAGAGCCAGAGGAAAGCAGCAGCUGCCAUCACGGUGA